GUUGAAUGAACCGCCACGGCAUCUGCUCACCACGCGCACUGCUUGCUUUCCUUGUCGUCUCUCCCGCCACACGCCACACGCCACCACCUCUCCUCCGCCGCUCCGUCUCCUUCCUUCCUCUUCUUCCCAAAACAAAACCCACACCUCCCACUCUCCCAGCCUCCCUCUCCUUUUCUACUUCAAACACGAUUCCUUCCCUCAAUCAAAUUCCGAUUCCUGCUGCUCGAUUCUAUUAUCUCCUCAGGUAAAAUUUUCGCCCCCUAGUAUAUUAGGGUUUCUGUUUCCGUCCAGAACAACAAUGGAUAUGGCGACUCCUUCGUGCUUGUGAGAGUCAUAGGAGGAUUUGGAGUUAUAUUCGAUUCAUUUCGAUGGGGGAGAGGAUGGAUUCUGAUGCUGCUGAUGUUCAUGAUGCGGUCGAUGGAACAGCGGAAGUAGCUACUGAAAAAGGGUCUCGUACGGGCAGGAACAAGGCAAAAGUUCCCAGAAGGGCUCACAAAGCUGAGAGAGAGAAACUGAAGCGUGAGCAAUUGAAUGAUCUCUUUCUCGACCUGGCUGAUGCUCUUGAAUUGGAGCAACCAAACAAUGGCAAAGCCUCGAUUUUAAACGAAGCUGCUCGGCUUUUGAAGGACCUGGUUGUACAAAUUGAUGCCCUGAAGAAGGAAAAUGUGUCUUUGCUGUCUGAAUCUCAUUAUGUAACUGUUGAGAAGAAUGAGCUCAAAGAAGAGAACUCUGUACUCGAAAACCAGAUAGAGAAGUUGAGGAGCGAGGUACAAACUCGGUUGGCCCAAUCCAAACCCGAUUUGAACAUUCCGCCUGUGGAGUAUCAGCAGGCAGAGAUAACAGCAGCAGCUCUAGCACCCCACUUUUCAGGACACCCUGCCAUAGAUGGCUCAUUGCAGCAACCACCGGCAGUGUUUGUGGUCCCUAUCCAUCCUGAUCUCUCAUCGUUUCAAACAAUCAACAAAUCGAAUGUGAGCAAACCGCACCCCAGGUAUCCAACAAUGGCUGAUUCUUGGUCGUCCCAGCUUCUAGAUAGGAAGCAAAGACCGGAGAUUUCACAUAUAUUCCACUCAGCUUCAAGGAACCCCAACAUUUGCAAAGCAAACCCACUUCUACUAGCUGCUAUGGGAUCUGGUGCUGGAAGCUUCCUCAAGGUUCUUCUCAAGAACUUCGAUGUUCUUGCUGGGCCUGUUGUCAGUCUCGUUUAUCCUCUGUAUGCCUCGAUCCGGGCAAUAGAGACCAAGUCCCAGAAUGAUGAUCGCCAGUGGCUCACCUAUUGGGUUCUCUACUCCAUGAUCACACUCUUGGAGCUCACCUUUGCAAGGGUUAUUGAAUGGAUACCUAUCUGGUCGUAUGCAAAGCUCAUUUUCACUUGCUGGUUGGUGCUACCAUACUUCAGCGGCGCUGCUUAUGUCUAUGAACACUUUCUGAGGCCUCUCUUCCUCAACCCACAAAAAACCAUCAACAUAUGGUAUGUGCCAAGGAAGAAGGACGUCUUCACUGAGAAAGAUGACGUUCUGACUGCUGCUGAGAAAUACAUCCAAGAGAAUGGCACUGAGGCAUUUGAGACUCUUAUCCACAGGGAUAAAUCCAGGAGCACCACUGGUUACUCGAUAUUCGGCCAGGCUGAAGACGAGUACCGAUAUUGAUCGUCCCAUUUUCGCACUGCUUAGUACCCAGACCGCGGGAGCUGUUGUCUAGAUAUAGUCCACCUUAUUAGGUAUCUAAAAUCACUGUGUAAACGUGGUGUUUUGUUGUAGUAGAGAGUAAUUAGCAGCAAACUGUUUGGGUGUAUGAUAGAAAUCCCCCUUGCUUUCUUUUGUAUCUGAACCUUGCACAUAACUCGACUAAGAAUGCAGGCUUUGCAUCUUCUCAUACUUGCUUGUCAUGGCCUCACAAGUCAAGUCUUCUAUUCUACCCAACCCGUCCUGACCAGCCUCGUUCUCAGAUCAGCUUAUUCUAUAUUGUGAUUGUCUAUAUAUCGGCAUUUCUUCAAUGAUUUUUUUAAAUAAUGUACCGACCUCUUAUUCUAACUAGUAUCGGAUGUGGAGAACGGUU